GACAGACAUAGUAACAUGCCAAGACAAAGAUAUCAGCACUGAAAAUAUUUAACCGCAAUAUGACACCAUUUUCUAAGAACAUGGUUUCUGUCUCUCUCUGGAUAACAGUCGUAAUUGUUUUUGGUUCUCUCUGUGAUGGGGGCAAAAUCUUGGUGGCGCCUGUGGAGGGAAGUCACUGGGUGAACAUGGACAUCCUCAUCAAGGCUUUACAUGGUCAAGGGCACAGCAUUGAUGUAAUACGUACCUUCAAUAGCUGGUUCGUAAAGGAGAAUUCAACUUAUUACAACUCUAUAACCAUACCAAACACCAAAGGAAUGGAUGAAGAAUUUGUAGAUGAUAUGCUCUUCAAAAUGAUCGACUAUGAAAGAGGAAAGAGCCAGCUGAGCACUGUACAGCUAUAUUCAUAUGUAUUCAAAGCUAUUCAUAAAACGCAUGAAAUGAUAUGUCAGCUUAUAACAAACAUAUUUGAAAGUGCAGAGAUUCUGAAGACACUGAAGGAAAAGCAGUAUGAUCUGAUGCUUACGGAUCCGGCAUGGGGUGCAGGCAUUCUCCUGGCUCAUGAACUCAAGUUACCCAUGGUAUAUAAUGUGAGAUGGACCACUACUGGUGAGGGACACUUUGACAUCGCUCCCUCUCCAAUGUCUUACAUCCCUAUUACAGGAUCUGGAAACACUGACAAGAUGAACUUUUUCCAACGAGUAAAAAACGCUUUCUUCUAUUUGCUAAUGGACAUUCAGAACAGCCGUUUUAAUUUGCCACUAUACCAAACAUUUUGUGAUAAAUAUUUCCAUCCUCCCGUAAAUUAUUAUGAACUUCUCCAGGGGGCUGAUAUAUGGCUCAUGAGGGUUGAUUUUGUUUUUGAAUUUCCACGUCCAACAAUGCCAAAUGUUAUCUACAUUGGAGGCUUUCAAUGUAAACCAGCGAAGGCCCUUCCACAUGAUCUGGAAGACUUCAUGCAAAGUUCUGGAGAGCACGGAGUCAUCAUCAUGUCUUUAGGGUCGUUUAUCAGUGCCCUACCAGAUGAUUUUACAGCAGAAAUAGCUACUGCUUUUGCUCGGCUCCCGCAAAAGGUAAUUUGGAAAUACACUGGAAAGAGACCAUCUACUUUGGGGAACAACACAUUAUUGGUUGACUGGAUGCCACAGAACGAUCUUCUAGGGCAUCCAAAGACUAAAGUAUUUGUUGCACAUGGUGGAACCAAUGGGGUUCAAGAAGCUUUGUACCAUGGUAUUCCAGUGAUUGGAAUUCCAUUCUUUUUUGACCAGUACGACAAUCUUCUUCGUUUGCAAGACAAAGGAGGAGCCAAGAUACUCUCCAUCUCAACUUUAAACAAGAACACACUGCAUGCAGCCAUACAGGAAGUAAUCAUUGAACCAUCUUACAGACUGACUAUGCAGAGACUCUCUCAUCUGCACAGAGACAAGCCAGUUAAACAUUUGGACAGCGCCCUCUUCUGGAUUGAGUUUGUAAUGAGACACAAAGGUGCUGCUCACCUCCGAACAGAGUCCUACAAACUGCCUUGGUACUCCUAUUACUCAGUAGAUGUUGCAGUUACAUUGUUUGCAGUUGUUCUGAUAUUCACUCUAUCUAUAUUUUUAGCAGUUCGAUAUUUGUGUGUCAAGUACUGCAGUAGAAAAAGGAAAACUGAGUGACAUUUGUACAAUUAUAAUAACUAAUAUACAAUUAUGGAAUAAUGAUUUCAUCCAUCUCCCAUUAUAGAGAUUUUUUUUUUCUUUUUUGACCACAUGCUUUAAACAGAGGAAAGUUUCUUGAAACUUUUACAAAUGGACCUAUAUGAGGUCUAAAUCUAACUUAAA